CGUCAAUCAUUCUUUAUUGAAGUGCCUACUUUUAGUCAUUCCCCCUAAGUAAUAUCAAGCUUUAUACUUAAGUACCGGGACAGAAAUGACCCAAGAUCGGGGAAAAGUUGUCGAGUUACAAUUUUUGGAACCUUUGUUAUUGCAUGAUAUUGUAUCCAAUGGAACAACAACUGAAGUGGAAAAUGCACUUAAAAACAUCCCAGUGGAUCAACGAAAUCAGUUUCAGCAAACUGCUUUACAUGUUGCGUGUGAAUUAGGAAGACCAGAAGUUGCAACAAUUUUUAUUUCUUCUGAAGCUAAUACAGAAGCAAAAGAUCAGGAAGGAACAACUCCAUUAAUUGCUGCAAGUAGAAGUGGAUCUUUGGCAUGUGUGCAGUUAUUAUUGAAAGAUAAUGCUGAUGUGCAUGUAACGGACAAUGUUGGUUGGACAUCACUCAUGUGGGCUUCAUAUAAAGGAUACACUGAAAUAGUAUCUGUUUUACUCAAUGAGGGUGCAAAUGUUCAUGUGCUCGUAGCGUACAACAUGACACCACUCAUGUGGGCGGCAGGUCGUGGGCAUGCAAGAAUUGUCAAAUUGUUGCUAGAAAAGGGAGCUAAAGUCAAUUCAACUGAUAAGUUUGGCAGCACCCCAUUAUUUUGGGCUUGUCGUAGAGGAUUUUCCGAAGUUGUCACUAUUUUGCUUGAAUAUCGGGUUGAUGUGGAUGCUGUCGGUGCAAAUGGAGCAAACGCACUGAUAGCAGCAAUACAGAAUGGACAUGAAAGUUGUGUGAAGUUGAUUUUGAACCAAAGCAGCGUUAACGUUAAUCAUACGGAUAAAAAUACAAACUCAGCAUUAAACUAUGCGGCAAAACUUGGAAAAUAUGAGGUCAUCUUGAUGCUUCUGAAUACGGGUGCUUAUCUUAACCUUGCUGACAAGAACGGUGAUACUCCUUUGAUAAAAGCAGUGAAACACGGACAUCUCGAUGCCGUUAGGGCACUGCUGAGUCGAUUUGCAGAUGUUGACAUAAAAGGAAAGAAUAAUAUGACUGCUCUUCAUUAUUCCUGUGAGCUUGGGCACGUUGCAAUCACUCGAGAAAUUUUAGCUUGUAAUGCUGACACAGAGGCUGUAACUGAUGAUGGAGACACUCCUUUGCUCCGUGCUGUCAAAAAUAAAAAUGUUCCGAUAACCAGAAUGCUUUUAGACAAGGGUGCGAGAGUUUCGGCCACUGAUAAGAAAAACGACACCCCUUUGCACAUCGCGAUUCGUGCCCGCAGUCUUCGUCUUGUUAAACUACUAUUGCGUAAUCCACAAGAUGGUCGGUUGCUUUAUCAACCAAACAAAUCAGGAGAAACGCCAUACAAUUUGGAUGCUGCCCAUAAUAAGAGCAUACUUGCGAGUGUUUUCGGAGCAAAAAACAUGUCUCCUGAAAGUACAAUGCAACACAUUAGUGGACAAGGAAUUCCUCAAAGCUAUGAUCUAUACAGCAGUGCUUUGGCGGAUAUUCUAUGUGAACCCACAUUGAUUCCACCAAUAACAGUUGGAUUGUAUGCUAAAUGGGGAAGCGGAAAAUCUUUUUUAUUGAAGAGACUUGAAAGGCAGAUGACUGCAUUCACUAGUGCUAACAAACUGAAAUUAUUUGAAAAACCAAGUAUCAUAUCCUUCAUUGUUGUUCUGUUCGUAUCACUGUUCUUUGGGUUUCUGGCAGCAACGCUAACGGCUGACGAUUCUACGAGAGUUGUUUCGGGAAUUGAUCACUGGAUUUUCUAUAUUUCUGAUAUACUGUUCACUUAUUUGAAGGACAGGACGCUUUCUCUUCCGGCAUUCGUCUGUCCAAUUUAUUACAUUAUGGGUAUAGUCGUUAUUGGAGUUGUUGUUGGUAAAUGGAAAUGGGCCAAAUCAUUUUGGUUAGUUUUACAUAAACAAUAUUCAUAUAUAACAUUGCUAUUUAAAUUAUGGUUUAUGGAUCCACCCUCUACCAAACAAACUGAUGAUGGAAAGGCAAUUCCAGUGAGAUUUUUAUUCACAAACUAUAGUCGUUUAACUUCAGUUGGUGGUGAAACUUCUCUGGCUGAAAUGAUCGGUUUGCUUAGUUGUCUGGCAGAAAAAAAUUUAGGAUUUCUUGCUGUUCGUUUGUACAGAGCGUUCAGAGAUGAAAUGCAAGAACGGCAUCCGGUACCUAAAUACAAAAAAUUUUGUUGUAUACCAACGUUUGUUUUGGGCGCUUUCUUGCUAAUUUCUGUUGGUACAAUUAUUCUGAUGAUAACAUCUGCUUAUGGCCCUGAACCUACCCUUAUCAAGUCCGCGAAUUCAACGCAAAAUUAUUUGUCAGCAGUUGAUGGAACAAUGCUUGCUAUAGGUGCAUUGGAUAUUUUCAUUUUGUUUUUGGCUGCGCCUACUAUCGUAGCUAUGUGCGGUGCUCUGAUUUGGUCACAACGGAAAAGAGUUUUGUCUGCUGCUCAUCACACAAAGUCACAAGAAAGAUUAAUGCAACAAUUAAAACACGAAGUCGAUUUAUUGUGUCGAACGGUUAUUGCGAUCGAUGCAUUUACAGAUACGCAAACAAGAAUGUGUGUGACAAUAAAUGGCCUCGACUCUUGUGAACAAGACAAAGUCUUACAGGUAUUGGACACCGUUCAUGUUUUAUUUUCACAACGUCCUUACGUUACAAUACUUGCGAUAGAUCCGGUUAUCAUUUCGAAGGCUAUACAUGGAAAUUUAAACAGUGUAUUCCGUGAUGCAAAUAUCAGUGGAUACGAUUACCUGAAAAAUAUUGUACAUCUGCCUUUUUAUCUGAAAGACCGGACAAAAAAUACGCAGUACAAGAGGAAUGCAACUGAUCGCGAGGACAAGACUUCAGAUGAUGAAACAGAGCCUGAAACUAAUGGAGUUGUUUUAGAUAAUACAAAGAAAAUAUCAACAACCACAAGAACUAAUUCUUUCCCAGGUAGAAGAGUGAAUGGAGUACGUCGUAGUGCGAAGUCUCUCGAUCUCGGAAAAUUAAUGUUCAGUGAAGAUUGGUUCAAUAGUGUCAGUCCUCAGUUGAUGAAAAGAAUAUUAAAUAUUGUCUCAUUGACAGGUCGAUUACUUAGAGCAGAUGGCGUUGAUUUUUCAUGGGGAAAACUUGCAGCUUGGAUCAAUUUGACAGAACAAUGGCCUUAUCGAACCUCAUUCCUGAUUCACACUUUGGAAAAAUCAGAAACCCUUUUGCCUGGUGCAGAGUUGUUAAGAAAUGUAUUCGACAAGAACCAACAAGACUUGAAUCCGAGUGACUCAAUGCUAACAAUUGAUUCGUCUGAUGGUCGCUCUUUUCGUGCUUUUUUAUCUGCAAGAUUACUGACUGUUCGAGACGUCAGAGAUUUUUUACCAUCCACCAUCAAUCUUGAUCCAAAAUUGCUUGAAUCAAUUGAACAGGAUCCUUACAAACAACUGGGGACCCCAAAUUCUUUUAAUUAUUCCGCAAAUUAUAGAAGAUAUCCUUCAGUCAGUAGUGACAUGCAAAAAGCUGAAACACAGAGCUUGCCACUUGGAACGGUAGCAUCACGUCAACCAAGUAUUGCGUCUCCUACUUAUCAGCCACUGCCAUCCGUACAGUUGGGGGAGUUGUCAACAGAAGAUGUUGCCAAUAAAUUAUACGAGAUAAAAGGUUUGGCCCCUGAAAAUGUGGAAAAAUACAUAAAUUUUGUGAAUCUUAACAAUAUCAAUGGAUCUGUGCUGGCUGCUUGUGAACUUGAUGAUUUGAAGAAGGAAUUAUUUGCUCCUUUUGGUGAUUGGUGUCUGAUCAAACAAUGGAUUUUAAUAAUGAGAUCGACUGGAGUUAAUGAAAAUUGUACACCUGUUCAGCAAAAUUUCACUCUCUAUGAAGAAGAUAAAGGUAGUUCGCUGUCUCUCGAGUUCCAGUCUUUAGGCGGAAGUGAUCGAAUUGCUUAUGAUGACGCAUUUAAAGAAUAUCUACGCUUGCAACCUGGAUACGAAUCCAAAGAAUUUACUGAUGAACCUUUAUCUGAUAAAGCAUCUGAUAGUCCCAAAUCGACUGCAGUCAAUGGUGGCAGCCCAUGCGAAGAGCUCAAUGGAGCAAAAGUUGUUAGCCCUUUGCACAGUGUUGUACCGAUGAGUGAGGCACAGGUAACACAAACUCGGUCCCCGCCCGAACACCUGGAUUUGAAGGAAUCUUCUCAUACCGUCAACUGUGAGAACGAGACCAGUCCUUUAUUGAUACUACACAGCAAUAAUAAUGCACUUUAAUUUCUUUUAAAAGAGGCGAUAAUAUAUAUGUCUUUGUGAGAUUAAACUGUCUUUUUAUGUUUUAAACGUUUGAAUGGUGCUUGCUUGUUGUUGUCUUUUUGUCGAAAUAUAUAUUACUUUGGGUGUUAAA